AUGGAAAACAACUUCACAAUGAGUGACUAUGGACUGAGUGAUCAUGUCGAAUAUCUUUGUGAGACUGACUUUCCAAAUAUCACCGGCCCCCUUUUCAUCUUGAUCUUCAUCCUCAGUGUCAUAGGCAAUGGUCUCCUCUUAUGUGUUCUCUUCAUCUACGAGAAACUGAACACAGUGACAAAUAUUUUCAUCCUGAACCUGGUCUGCUCUGAUUUGAUCUUCACCAUCACACUUCCAUUCUGGGCCGUUGAUCAUCUACACCACUGGGUCUUUGGGGACUUUGCCUGCAAAUUCAUGACUGCUGCAUACUUUGUUGGGCUGUACAGCAGUGUCAUUCUGCUGACUGCCAUGACAGUGGAUCGUUUCAUUACCGUGGUGCUGCACAACCGGCUGAGCAAUUAUGCUAUAAGGCAGAAGUGUGGAGUUGGUGCCUGUAUAGCUGCCUGGGUCAUCAGCAUCUCAGCAUCCCUUAGUGAUGCUAUGAUAGUAAAAGUAGUAGACUGGGACAAUGUUACCUAUUGCGAGCCUGAAUUUGAUGACAAGCUUGGACAUUAUCUCCAAGUGUCACUGCUAUUCUUCCUCCCAUUUGCCAUCAUUAUUUUCUGCUAUUCUGCCAUCCUCAAGACAGUUUUACAAGCUUUAAACAGAAAGAAGUACAGGGCUGUAGCUGUGCUGUUGUGUAUUGUUGCAGCGUUCUUCAUUUGCUGGGGCCCAUACCAUAUUAUGCUUUUAAUUAAAUCUCUUUAUGAACCCAAAGGUUGUAAGGCAGAGGAACAGUUAGAUGUUGCCUACCAUAUUUGUGAAAUAGUUGCCUAUUCUCACUGCUGUAUGAACCCUCUGCUAUAUAUGCUCUCACAGAAGAUGCGAAAGCAUCUGUUGAAUCUUUUGCGCUGCGAAAACCUGUGCAGGAAGAACAGGGAGAGAGACACAGCUCUCAGUUCUGUUAGUCAGAAAGCAGUUUUCAUAGCUGCGAGUUCUGCUAUAAACUUGGAACUGCACAACGAUCGGUUAAACAGCCACUUGUGA